AUGGAAGACCACACGCAGGCUAAUUUCAAUGUCAUUGGCGAACUAAUAAAAUCAAAAUACAUGUCAAUAAAGAGAGUACACACACCACAUGACAUAAUCAACGACAUGCUAGAUGAUUAUGGUGUUUCAAUGGGGUACCAAAAAGCCUGGAGAGCAAGAGAAAAAGCUUUAGAAUUGGCAAGGGGAAACCAAGAUGAUUCAUACCAAAAACUUCCCAUCUACCUUCACAUGCUAAAAGUCUCAAACCCAGGUACAAUAACACACCUGGUUACAGACAAUAAAGAUCACUUCAAAUAUAUGUACCUAGCAUUUGCAAAUUCCAUCAAAGGAUGGAAACACUGUAGGCCAGUCAUUGUGAUAGAUGGAACUUACUUGAAGACAUCAUUUGGGGGAACUUUAUUCACUGCUUCAACAAUGGAUGCUAACAACAACAUAUUUCCAUUAGCCUUUGGAAUAGGAGACUCUGAAAAUGAUUCAUCAUGGUUAUGGUUUUUCACAAAGCUAAAGGAGACAUAUGGAGAAAGAGAAGGUAUGGCAAUCAUUUCAGACAGGCAUAAAAGCAUAGACGAUGUAUACCCAAAAGCUUUCCAUGGAGCAUGCAUAUUCCACCUGUUAAACAACAUCAAAGUCAAUUUCGGUGUCCAUGGGGAGGAGCUAAACCUAAACUUUGUCAAAGCAGCAAAGGCAUACAGGGUACAAUCAUUUGAGCACUACAUGCAUGAAAUAGACAAGAUUGGCACACGCAUAAGACCGUAUUUACAAAAAAUUGGAUAUUCAACUUGGUCUAGAUGCCAUGCUCCAACAAGAAGAUAUACAAUGAUGACAUCAAAUAUAGCUGAAUCAAUAAAUGCUACAUUGAAAGCUGGAAGAACGCUGCCAAUCAUUACAAUGAUGGAAGGCCUCCGAAGUUUAGUUCAAAAAUGGGUAUGGAAAAAUGGUAACGAAGCAAACGGAACAUUCACACAAGUAACAACAGAUACUGAAACUGUGCUUAGAGAAAACUUUAUUCGUGCCAUUAAAUUUCAGGUCUUCCCAGUAAACACUAUACAGUACCAAGUUGUGGUUGAACAGAAAGGAAAUUUUUUGGUCAACAUAAUGGAGAAAACAUGUGAAUGCAAAAGGUUCCAACAAGAUGAAGUACCGUGUGCACAUGCAAUAGCAGUAUUCGCCAAAACACGGCUGAAAACAUAUGAUUAUGUUGCUGAUUACUACAAAACUACAACUAUGAAAGCAACAUAUGAGUCAACUGUUCAUCCAUUGCCAAAUGAAAGCGAAUGGACACUGCCAGAGACUUCAAACAAAAUUGUCCUACCACCAAAAUCAAGAAAACCACCAGGCCGCCCUAGAAGGAAAAGAAUCAGAUCUAGAGGAGAACCAAAGGUGCAGAUAAAUGUGGAAGAUGCGCGCAGCCAGGACAUAAUAGAAAAACAUGCAGGAAUGAACCAAUCCCAAAGCAGCGAAACCCAUCAAAGUCAAAGAAAAUAG